GUAUUUAGGUUUGAAUUUUGUUUGUCGAGUCUUUAUUAAGUUUAUUACAACUAUUAGAUAAUAUUAUUUACUUUUAGGAUCAAAACGUCACAUAAAUAUUAAACCUAAUAAAAUAACACUGAGCUAAUGAUUCAAGUAUAAUUUACAAAAACAUGAGCCAGAGCUUACAACUUCGUUUUUCUACUUCUGGAAAGCCUACAGCUGACAACACAGAUGAAAAUAUGAAUCCUCCAAGUAGGAGAGGUCUUAGAAAUAGGACGAAACCAAAGAAAUAUGGAGAUUUUUUGGACUUGUCGCCUACAAAGCGUAGGAUUUUGAUGAAUAUUUCGAGUUCAGAUGAAGAGAUUGAAGAAUUAGAAGAAGGAUCUUGUUUACAGAAACCAACAGCAUUAUUCAGUAAUGAUGAUGUGGAGGGUCAAGAUAUAUUCAAAUUUAAAUCUCGGCACACUAAGCAAGAUUUGCAAAACAAAGUUAAAGCAGCUAUAAGUAAUUCACCGAAGGUGGACUCUUCUGCAAAAACACCAAAGAAAAAUGUUCUUACAAGAGCUCUCAACAGUCCAUUGGGUAAAAAUAGUGAUGCAACACCAAAACAAGUGAAGGAUCUAAUAAAAAAAAGGAUAAUUCAAGAAGUAGAUAGUGAUAGUGGUGACAGUGAUUUCUCUGGCAGCAGUAGUGACUUUGUGCCGGAAGAAAGUGACAAUGAGCGAUCAGAUUCUUCAUCAUCAAAGUAUACAUCUGAUGAUGAACAAGAACACACCAAGAAGUCCACCACCAAACUACAAAUAGUCAAAAACAAGACAAAUAAAAGCAAAUCCAAAGAUUCUGAGUAUAUUGUUACACCAGACAAUUAUUUUUUGAUGCAUUCUAGUAAAAAGAUCACCACUUCAGACCAUACUUUAGCAAGAUUGAAAAAUCUAAAUCUCAAUGAAAGUUUAGGUGACUACACUGUAAUAUCAGAUGAACACAAAAGAAAAAUAAUGGAACUCAACAAAUCUUAUGAACAACUGUUUCACAAAUGGCUCUAUGUGCUAAGUGAAAACUUUAAUAUAAUAUUGUAUGGUAUAGGUUCAAAAUGUUCCAUACUUCACCAGUUUCAAAUACAAAAGCUUCAAGAUUUCCCUUGUAUUGUUAUUAAUGGAUUCUUUCCAGGUCUUACAAUAAAAAAUAUACUUGAGACUAUUGUCAUAGAUCUGUUAGGAAAUACUCACGUGCCGUCAAAUAUUGGAGAUAUUGUUAAAUUAAUUAGUGUGCAACUUGAAGAGAAUGAUACAGAUUUGUUCCUAAUUAUUCAUAAUAUUGAUGGAACCAUGUUGCGUAAUUCUAAAGCGCAAACCAUGUUGUCUAAUAUAUCGCAAAUAAAAAAUGUACACACAAUUGCGACAAUUGAUCAUAUCAAUGCACCAUUAUUGUGGGAUCACUCGAAAUUAAGCAAAUUCAAGUUUACCUGGUGGGACGUAACAACUUUCUUACCAUACACGGAGGAAACGUCCUACGAGAACUCAAUAAUGUCGCACAGAAGCGGCGCACUUCAAUUGUCUUCUCUGCGUAGCGUUUACCAGUCGCUCACGACGAAUGCUAAAGGCAUUUUCAAUAUAAUUAUUGGAUAUCAGUUGGAAAAUCUGAAACAAGCCCAUUACCAAGGUUUACCAUUCAAAGAUCUCUAUUCAAAAUGUCGAGAACAGUUUCUAGUGAGUUCAGAUAUGGCCCUGAGAGCUCAACUGACUGAGUUUAUAGACCAUAAACUAGUUAAAAUUAAACGUACAUAUGAUGGCAGUGAAAACCUUGUUAUACCAAUUGAAAAUUCUUUAUUACAACAAUUCCUGGAACAGCAAAAUAGUUAAUAAAUAAUUGUAUAACUCUGGUAAAACAGCACUAUACCCAUAAACGUAAGUUGUAGCAUACUGAUUUUGAGUCAUAACAGGGAUGAAUUUAUCAAGUUUUACCUUACAUUAAAUUCUUCAAUAUAUCAAGAAAUGUCGGAAUUAUGCGUUAAAUGCUGUUUCAUUUAAAAAAUACAAUACUUUUACUUUUAUAACUUUGUAUCUUAUAUAACUGGAUAAUAUAUCAACCAUGAAUACAACUAGCAUUAAAUUAUGAAAAUAGUCAAUAAGUUUGUAGGAAAAAUUGUUUUUUGAAUAAAACUAUAAAGUUUAUAUUUAGCUUUUAUUUUACAAUCCCAGAAAUAAAGUCUUAAUAGGAUUAUAUAAUAUAUAUCAACAGGCCAAGUUGUAAAUUACUUAAACUUAAUGACUUACAUAAUAUAAUAAAAUUAUUAACUAAAAUUAUUUUCAACAUAUCUGGCACAUUCACCAUGAUGCAUCAACCAAACAUUAUAUUGAUAUUUUUUAAAGUGCAUAAAUCGCUCUUUUAUUUUAAAAAAUAUUGUAGAAAAAUACUCUCUUGAACUCAUGAGACAUCAAACAUUUGAUCUAAAUAAACGGAUUUUAUGUAAUACGCCCGUUGGAAAUUUUGGUAGAAAACAUUGAUGUUAUUUA